AUGGCUACUAAACUACCGUUUCUCGUUCAUGAUGUAUGGUAUAUCAUAAUUGCCAUCCUUGCUGAAGCCCCUGUACCGGACGAUAGAACCGAAGAAGAACCCACAGAUUGGACCUGGAGGGUCGAGUCGCUUUCCUCACUACUCCCUGGUCUACACGACUUGAUCAGUAUAAGCAGUGCUUCCAAGCAGCUGAGGGAUUUGCUAGCACCGCGGAUCUUCAAGACCCUCUAUCUAUACAACACAGCCCAGAGUGCCCGAGCUUUACAAGCCAUUGCGCAGGGCAAACAUGCAGCCUGUGUCAAAGAAUUGCACUACAUUGGCAUCACUGACGAGGGAAGCUCGCCACAGAAUGUAUACCCGCCAGAGCUCAACGCCGUCCUGUCAAAUCUCGCACGCUUUCCUGCUCUUCACCACCUCAGCAUCGACUUCCCAACCUAUCGCGGGGAACGCGAUAUAUUCGAGGAGUACUUCAUGGAAUUUCCGGAGUUUAUUUCUCGCCAGGAGCAGAAAAACGCUUGGUAUCGACUAAUGACGGCCAGUCUCAACGCCAUCGUAUCCAACUACGCCGGCGAAACACAACAACAACUGCCUUCAUUCGCAAUGCAUCAUCUCAAUAUCCUCAGCGUGAGAACAUUUUCCACAGCUGCCUGUCGGGACUUCCUCUCGCAGCUCAAGUGCUUUUCGCUGUCGACGAAGCUGCGAGACAGUGAUACAGCCUGUUGCAUCAAAACCAUGGAAGGCUAUAUCAUAUUCACGGAGUACCUAGGACCAAGAUUAAUGGAGAAACUCACUUCCGUGGAGGAAUUCACCUUCAACCCCUCACGCCAUCUCGCACUCGGCGCGCUGAAGAAGUAUCCAGGACACCUUGAUAACAUUGAAGACAAGUACUUCGCAUACCAGUUCGACAUGGGGCUCGCCAACGCCAGCAUGGCGAAUCUGCGGAAACUGACACUCCGAAAUAUCAAUGUUUGUUUAGAGAUGCGGGACUUCAUGAUACGACAUCUGGACACACUUGAAUACGUGGAGCUGCAUGAGUGUUAUGCAAACAAUGAAUCGUUCGUGUCAGAGGAGAAUGAAAGAGACGAUUCAGCAGCGGAGAAUGACCCGGAACGCAUUAUCUGGCAUACGCUCUUUACGCAGCUUACGCAGGAACUCUCCCGCAGAAAGGCGCGGUCAUUACCUAUCCGGUUGAGAGAGUUCAAGGUGUCAUUUGAUAAGCCAGAGCUGGCAAUGCAUGACUUUUAUCGACCCUGGGUUGAGCCUGGUCUUCUUGCGCGGGCAGAGGCAAAGGCAAAGACUGAUCCUGGGGCGAAGGUGUUUUUCUACUCUUGUCUGGUACCGGACUAUGGAUAUCCAGUGGAUGGGAUGACGACGACAUUGGUGCAUUUCCUGCGAGGGCGUGAUGAGGCGUGCUUUCGUGAUCUCCAGGCUGCGAUUGAGGAUGGUGUAUGUUAG